AUGGUACCUUACAACACAAUUCCAUACGUAGGAAGCAGUACCAAUGGAAACCUCACACUAAAGCCGGUGCAUCCACCUACCCUUGGUUUGGUUGGGCAAGUCUGUCAGCCAUUUCAGAAUCAGUAUGGCAUGAGCAAUGAUCCAAUAACGAAUGUGAGUCAACCAAGGGAAGAUCCUUUUGAUCCCAUGAACCGCGAGCUUGGAGUGGGAGGGGAAGGAAGCAGCAGCAACAACACCAUCACCAUGACCACCAACGAUGGUCUUCGGCAAGAGACACCACCACCACCACCAACAACACCAUGA